AUGCGAUCCACGCGUCGCUUCUUGGCAAUAACUGGUGUGGCCUGGACGGUCUCUCUCACGGCCGCUGCUGUCGCUGAAAGGGUGCACAAUCUCCAGCGUCUACGGGACUUUCGCGGUCACGAGUAUUUCGUGCAGUUUGACGUGCACGAGUCCAACACAAGUGACGAUUCAGAGCAUUCGGUCGAGUUCCCGGUUGAGGAAAAGUACUUUACCGAUGCACUUGUGGAUCACUUUGCCCCUGUGUCGAAACGCUCGACGUGGAGGCAGAGGUACCAAGUCAAUGAGGAAUUCUGGGGGGGUCAAGGUUACCCAGUGUUUCUCUACAUCGGAGGUGAAGGACCGUUGGGACCGAAGGCGAUUACCGAUCGAACGUUUGUCUAUUACCUGGCAGAACAACAUCAAGCGCUCCUGAUUGCGCUAGAGCAUCGGUUCUAUGGCAAGUCGUACCCGACUGAGGACAUGAGUCUACCUAAUCUAGUCUACCUCUCGAGCGAGCAGGCAUUGGCAGACUUGGCCCAUUUCCGUUCCUUUGUGGCGGAUACCUACGGACUCGUGGAUGAAAAGUGGGUAGCUUUUGGAGGGAGCUACCCUGGCAAUCUAGCAGCGUGGGUAAAGCUGAAAUACCCUGUACUAUUUGCCGGAUCCGUUGCAAGUUCUGCACCGUUGCGUGCCAAAACCGACUUUUUCGAGUACAUGGAGGUCGUGGGCGAUGGAUUGCGGUACUUUGGUGGCGGUGAGUGUUAUCAUGAAGUGGAGCAGGCAAUCAUGCUGCUCGGACAGCUUAUGGAUGGUAAUGAAAACGAUCGCAAAAAGGUGGACGAGCUGUUUAAACCGUGCUACCCAAUGACAAACGAGUUCGACGAUUCAGUGUUCGAGACUUCGGUCAUGGGGGCGUUUCAGGAUAUAGCGCAGUAUAAUGCCAUUCACGACGGCGUCAUGACGCUCGAGAAAGUCUGCAAGCAUUUCACCAAGCCAGGAGAUGCCGUCGAGAAGCUGGCUGCGUUCAUUGACAAAGUCCGUGUUGGCGAUUGCCUCGACUCCAAGUUUGAAGGAGCAGCAAACGGGACCGUGGAAGUGCUGAGUCGCGACCAGUUUGACGGUGAGAGCAGUGCUCGACAGUGGGUAUACCAGACGUGCAACGAGUUUGGCUACUUCCAGACCACGAAAAGUCUACGCUCUCCUUUUCACGCACUUCGAGCCGUGACGGAAGCCAACGUCGGUACCGAAGUUUGCAAGCGCGUGUACAAUAUAAACGUAGCACCGGACGUCACCAGCACGAACCUUGACUACGGCUCGCUUGCGAUCGAAGUACAGGGCGUCACUUUUCCAAGUGGCACCAUCGAUCCAUGGCAUGCAUUAGCCGUGCAGAAUUCGACCGACUUGCACUCGUUCUCGUCCGAAGCGGUGUUCAUCGAAGGCACUGCCCACUGUGCUGACAUGUAUUAUCCAAGUGAGAGAGAUACACCGUCGUUGCAGUGGGCACACGCCAAAAUCGAGGCCCAAGUGGAGCAUUACCUCAAGGAUACGAACACUGGCAAAAGACGUCAAGAGAUUUCAGAACUUGAAGCUGUCGAGUAG